AUGGGUAACUUGACAGUAGCUCUGUCUUUGCUUGGUGAGCUUCAGAAUCCCAUCAAAAAUUGCCUCAUUAGAAGAUUUUCUCAUUACCCAGAAAAUUCCAAGCGUUCUAGGAGCCCUGUGCCAGGAACCAGGGGUUCAGGUAUAAAUGAAGAUUCCAAGGACAUAACUGCCUACCACACAGUGUUUCUCACAGCCAUAUUAGGAGGAACAAUAGUCAUCGUCAUUGGGUUUUUUGCUGUACUACUCUGUUAUUGCAGGGAUAAGUGUGGUGCUCCACAGAAGAGAGAAAGAAAUAUCACUAAACUUGAGGUCCUCAAGAGAGACCAGACAACUUCAACAACACACAUAAAUCAUAUCAGUUCAGUCAAAGCUGCAUUAAAAGCUGAGGACAAGUCGCAGUUAUUUAAUGCCAAAAACUCCUCAUACAGUCCCCCCCAAAAGGAACCAUCAAAGCCAGAAGCAGAAGAAAGAGUUUCCACGGUAAAAACUCGGGACGAUUUUAAAAUCUACAAUGAAGAUGUUUCAUUUCUAUCAGUCAAUCAAAAUAAUUACUCAAGAAACCCAAUGCAGUCUUUGGAGCCCAAUGCAGGCACCAAGCAACCUAAACAUAUUAACAACAACUUGUCUUCGUCAUUAGGUGAUGCUCAAGAGGAAAAGAGGUACCUCACAAGUAAUGAGGAGGUGUAUGGGCGUUCACACAUUCCUGAACAGCUCAUGCACAUCUACAGUCAGCCCAUUGCCAUUCUUCAGACAUCUGACCUCUUCUCUACACCAGAGCAGUUACAUACCGCUAAGUCAGCUACUUUGCCAAGAAAGGGACAGUUAGUCUACGGCCAAUUGAUGGAACCAGUAAACAGAGAGAACUUUACACAGACAUUGCAAAUGCCAAUGCAUUCUCAUGCACAGGUCCCAGAUGCCAGGGAAGAAGAUAUUGUACUUGAAGGUCAGCAGAGUUUGCCAUCCCAGACUUCAGAUUGGAGCCGAUAUUCCAACAGCUUACUGGAAUCUGUCUCCGUUCCUGGAACACUAAAUGAAGCUGUUGUAAUGACUCCGUUUUCAUCAGAACUUCAAGGAAUUUCAGAACAGACCCUCCUGGAGCUGUCCAAAGGAAAGCCCUCCCCUCAUCCCAGAGCCUGGUUUGUGUCUCUUGACGGAAAACCAGUUGCACAAGUAAGGCACUCCUUUAUAGACCUGAAAAAGGGCAAGAGAACCCAGAGCAAUGACACAAGUCUAGACUCUGGGGUGGACAUGAAUGAACAUCAAUUGAGUAGAAAGCUGGAGAGGGAGAAAACAUUCAUCAAAAGCAUGCAUCAGCCCAAGAUUCUUUACUUAGAAGAUUUAGACCUGAGCAGCAGUGAGAGUGGAACCACUGUCUGCUCCCCCGAGGACCCGGCGUUAAGGCACAUCUUAGAUGGAGGGAGUGCUGUGAUUAUGGAGCAUCCUGGAGAGGAGUCCCCAGGAAGAAAAAGCACUGCUGAAGAUUUUGAGGCCAGUACAUCUCCCACCAAAAAAAGGGGCAGACCACCGCCACUAGCCAAAAGAGAUAGCAAGACUAAUAUCUGGAAGAAGCGAGAGGAACGCCCACUGAUACCCAUAAAUUAA